GUUUUACUUUGUUGAGCAGUUUUCUAUAGAUUUUUGAUGUGCCCGGUUGGAAUAUUUCCUUUGUACGGCUUGUAGCACAUAGAAAAAACAAUAAAAUUGAAACCAGUUUGUGUAAAUAAAAAAUGUAACUUAACAUAAAUGCAUUGUGUGACUAAUAUAAAAUUAUAUUUUUAAUAAAAGUUGAAGCUGGAAAGUCCACAUCGUGAAUACUUGCGUGCAAGAGUUAGUUGAAUGCUAUAAAAAGUGUAAAUUUAAGGACAUACCAACUAGAUUGAAAGAUAAUCAAACAUACCUUAAUAUAUAUACAUACAUAUGUAUGUGUUUGGUUGUGUAUUUGCAUUUGUAUGCAUAUAAAGUGUAAAGUAAAGAAUUUUGGAAUAAAGACGAAAAAGGUAAUAUAGCAGUCAAAUGAAAAGCAUAUAAGAGAUAGCAUUUGACAUAAAAGCGCAGUGCAAUCAAACAACACAACUAAUCGACGCGUCCGUCAUCAGGAAUGCGCCGCAGUCGCAGUCGCUGUCGACGUAAAGCUCAUCAACAUUAACACGAACCCUUAUCAACGUUUUAUUCAUCUUUGUUUGUUGAACUUUAGUGCAUAAUUUGAAAAUACAGAAAUUACUGCGCAGCAUGUGAAUGUUUAUGAAUGAAAAGUGUAUUUAAUACGAAGUAAAUAUAUACAAUAAAUUAAUAAAGCGGAAAUUAGAUAUCAAGCAAACAGUUUAUAGCAAACAGUUUAUAACAAAUGAUCAUUCCAUAUUUUACGAAUAUGUGCAGUAAAUAACUGUUUAAAUUGUACACCGAAAUAGGAACCGACAAUUUUCACCUCCACAAAAUUUUUGCUACAGAAAGAAUCCCCUACAGUUGACGCGCGUACGCCAUAUAACAACCAGCUGGCUUCAGCCGUACGCCGCCGCACAUUGUUGUUCUUCUUAUUGCAAUGCAUCGAUCUUUGAAACCACACGCACAAGCUAAAAAGGUACCACCACCUGCGCUACCCGGAGAUCCCGCACCACAACAACCGCCUACACCAUUGUAUCGUUUAGGUGGCAGUAUUUCGAGCGCAGCUGGUAAACAGCUGGAUGAUGGCAUUAUAAUGAGUAGCAUGGUAUCGUCACCAUCAUUGGAGGAGGGCGGUUUCAAUUUGCCACGUGAGCCAUCGGUAGCAUUGCGCAUGAAAGAUGAAAUAAGCGAAUACGCUACAGCCAUGUCUACAUCAGGCACAUCACAAUCGUCGGGCUCCUCUGCCGGUAUUGCUGCAGCAGGCAAACAACAAUCGGCUAAUCAAGCCGCAACCGCCGGCGCAACACUCUUAUCCACCGCAAAUAAUCCGCUGCUCAGCGGUUGUCCACCCACAAUAGUGCCAUGUCCACCGCCCGUAUUUUGCGCCACACUACGCGAACCGCUCACACACAAAGCGGCCGUCUACUAUCAUCAACAAUUGGCGCUGCAGGAAGAUCAGGGCAUCGAUCUGACACAAUCGCCAGGUCGCGAUUCGCCCGGUUCGUCGUCAGGUUCAGCUGGUUCUGGUUCGCGACAUUCAACAGCCAGCUUAGAUUCGGGUCGUGCCUCAUCGUAUUUAACUGGUGUCUCCGGUGCAUCGAUACGCGGCAGUGCGGGCGGUGCGCUAUCGUCGCCACGUUGCAGUUCGGUGAGCUCAUGUUCGAUUGGGAGUGUGGAUCGACAACGUAACGAUGAACUCAUCAUCGAUUGGUUGAUGGAGAUGAAGUAUGAGGAGUAUGCACAAUUGUUUAUAGCGGCCGGUUACGAUUUACCGACCAUUGCACGAAUGACCCCCGAAGAUUUGACAGCGAUUGGCAUAAAAAAUCCACAUCAUCGUGAACGCAUAAAACAACGUAUCGAUAAGUUGCAAGUAUUGGAUAACUUGCCGCACUUUGUACCGGGCUCCAUCGAAGAAUGGCUACAACUCUUACGUCUCGAAGAAUACAUACAACCAUUGUUGGAUCAAAAUUACAAAACUGUACGCGAUGUAACCCAGGUCACUUGGGAAGACUUGGAAGAUAUUGGUAUUGUUAAAUUGGGGCAUCAAAAGAAAAUACUUUUAGCCAUAAAGCGUGUUAAGGAUAUUAUUAGCGGAAAAUGGAAUCCAGGCGGCAUUAAUGCCUAUCAGCAACAGGAUUAUCGCAAUAAAAUUUGGCCCAGUGCCGUGCCACUGCCCACCACACCAACCUAUUUGCCAACCACGCGCGUCUCGUGGGACGAUUCUAAGAUUUAUGCUACGCCCGGUGUCGAUGCCGUCUACUUUUGCAGUGGCAAUCAUCAGCACGAGUGUUGCUAUGGCAACGAUGUGGUGCCGAUUAAGGUGCGCCAGCCACGCGGUAAAAGCUUAGAAUCGCUCGAGGACAUUCACGACAAUAGCACACGCAGCCAUUUGACCUUUAGCCAUUAUACGGCCACUGAUUAUGGCCACUUUGCGCAUCCAACGCCCGCUAUGCAACAGCAACAUCAUCAGCAAGCCUUGCAACAUCAACAGCAACAACAACACCAACAUCAGCAAGCAUUACAACAGCAUCAUCAGGCAGUUUUGAUGGGUGGCGUCGGCGGCGGCGCUGCUGUUGUGGGCGGCGGUGGACCAGGUGUUGCUGGUGGUGCACGUUUGCUUAGCAAUCAGGCUGCCAUGGCUUGGCGCCGUUCCUACGAUGAUGGCGACAUCACGCCCACCAACGACGCUGCACGCGAACUCAUGUACGAAGAGGGUGGCGGCACACUGCCACGGCAGCAACGUGGCAUACUACAACGUGCCGUAUUGAACAGCAUGCCACCACUCGAGCAUCACUACAUGAAUGCAGCUGCCGCAGCGGAAUAUGUCUGUCACGCCGGCGGAUUGGGUGGUGUAGGCGUUGGCGUUGGCGGCGUGCCAGGUGCGGGCGCGCUUGUGGGUGCUGCUGGCGCAACGGGUUGUGCGUUGGACGGUGCCGGUCUGAAUGCAUCCUACCUGACCGGCAGUCCAAUGAGUAAUAAGAAAAUUGCACCAGAACCACCGCGUCGCCAUUGUAGUAUACGGAAUUCGCGCACGUUAAGCGCGGAUGGCGCGCAGCAACAGCAACAAUUGCAACAACAACAACAGCAACUGGCUAUGCAUGCUGGCACAGCCGUAACGCCUGGUCUCUACUAUGGCGGCGCUGCAGGUGCACUGCAUCACGGCAGCAUGUAUAUGACGCAUGCACAGCAACAAGCCGCAGCAGCAGCAGCGGCGGCAGCUAAUCAACCGAUCUAUGCGAAUUACGCAACCAUACAACAGACCACGGCGGAGAUACACUGCGAGAAAUUCCAUGACAAUAAGUCAAACUCCAGCAUCGAUUCCAUUGAUACCAUACCGUUCGCCAACGAGAAUACCGGCACCAUCAAACAGCGUUUACUAAAUCGCCAAGACAUGGCUGGUCAACAACAGCAACUACAAUCAGGCAACACACCACAUCUGCACUCCUCGUCGUCGUCCUCCUCCUCCUCGUCGACCAACACCAUCGCCAAUAUAGCGCACUCUUUUCACUCGCUAAAGACAUCUGCCUCGCUGCAUGACGCCUCGCUGAUACGUAGCGAUAGCAUUGGUAGCACUACAAGUGGCGGCAGCGCUGGCGCCACCACAGGCAGUAGUGGUCUCUUACUUUUACGUUCGCCCACCCUACAAUAUCCACCGACUGAUGCAACAAAUGCCACCGUUGUCGUCGGCUCUGCAACGACUAUCACCACCACCGUAGAUUUGCAUACGCCUAGUGGCGCUGCCGCUGAGUGCGCUACGGAUGCCGCCAGCGAUGGUGUGCUGCCAAAGGCUGGCAGUGGCGAGGUUGCAGAUGCAACUGGUGCCACAAGUGGCGUUAGUGGUGUGACAAAUACAACACCAGGUCAGAAGGUUUCGGUGAAUGUGCUCAAUGACAUUGGUAAUAUGUUGGCUAAUUUAACGGACGAAUUGGAUGCCAUGUUGGAGGAGGAGAAACGUAUUGGUUUAAAUAUUGAUAGUGAAUAAGCGCAAAGCGUCACAGACACAGGUACACACACACACACACAUACACGCACAUAUAUAAGUUGUAGGAAUUUAUCGUUAUGUAUGUAUGUAAAAGCGUGUGUCCAAUAGGGAAAUGGGAUUUAAAUGUUAGUGGGUCAUAUGUUUACAUAUAGAUUGUUAGUGAAUCAUACGCGCGCUGACCGGCUUGAGUGCCAAUGUGAGGGGAAAUUUAAAUUAUUCAAAUUUGUUUGCCAGAAUUACUUUUUUUUACAACUUUUCAUAUCUUUAAGAAAUCGAAAAGUUGAAUUAGGACUCAAGAGAAUGUUGUUUUUGUUGUUUUUGUAGCCGCUAAAAACAAUUCCCAACGUAUUUUUUGAAGAAUAUCGCAGGGGUGUCAGUCCAUGGCCGAAUAAAAAUCUGAGUCAUUCCAACAUAAAGACCCGACCACCGCAGAAACCUUUGGAUUAAGUCCCCGUGAAAGUCUUAAACAACUACCCCGCAGGGACGAGGAGUCAGGAUAAUACUAAGAUAUGUUAACUCGCUACUUUUUCGGAUAGGACUUUCCAAGCUUUCUAAAAAAUUUGAUCUUAUAAGCGAUUUAUUUCCUCACUUCUGAAAAUAAUCCGUAAAAAGGACUCUAAAAAUACUAUUUUGGAUCUUUCGAACUACUUUUAAUUGAUUUGUUUCAAAAAAUAGUUUGAUUUCAUUUACGUUCGUAGCUUAUUUUUGACAUGAAAUCCAUUCGGUGUCCGGCUUAGAAUAAAUAAAUUGUAGGUUUCUCCAUUUAUUAGAUAUAUAGUUGGGAUAUAUAAUUUCUGAAAUGAGCGCUAACGGUAAUUAAUUUCAUUUUUCAUAUACUUUUCCAUUAAAAAAAUUUGAGCAUUUAAAUAUUAUGUAUUGAAAUUUUGAAAGUUUUUACAUAAAAAAUUUUAUGAAGUUCCCUCAAAGGGUCGGCGUGCGCAUGCGUAGUCUAGUUGCGUUUACUUCACUUGUGUGUCUUAGUUGUUAGUAUUUUUUUCGGUUGAAGACUUUUAUAAAAAGUGUGUAGAAUUCAUAAAUUCCCCUAAAACAUUUUUUUUACUUACUUACAAUAGUUGUAAGUAUAUAAAGUAUAUAUAUGUAUAAUUAUUUUAUAAACGCAUUUUGGGAGCGUAAAUAAAAUCGGCAUUUUUUUUAUAUACAUACAUAUAUACAAUAUUUAUAGACAAUGUAUUCUGUAUGUGUAUACAUUUUGUAUUGUUGUUUUUCUUUCACUUUUUGUUAGCGUAGUUAAAAAAUAAAAAUUGUAAUAGAAUUGUACAAUAAGAACUGCUGUUAUGGUGGAUGCCGAAUUUAUUAUUUCUUUUAUACAUAAUUCAAUUCAUUGUUAACUAAGAUAAGCCGGAUAAGUGAAAGAAUAUGGUUUGGAAAAAUUAUGUAAAUUAUUAUUCAAAUUACCAAACAUUUUCAUGCAAAAUUUCCUAUUUUAAUUAA